AGCAGAAGAACCAAGGAUGGAAGGGUUUCUCUGGAAGACUUUGCUGCUGGUUGGGGCUCUCUCAGCCUCUGGGCAGUCUGCACCGUCACCGAAACUGCUGACCUAUGACGAGGCCGUGGUACAGGCAGUGGUCAACUACAACGGCAAAGCAAAGGAAGACUCCCUCUACCAGCUGUUGGAGGCUGCUCCUCAACCUGAUUGGGAUCCCAAUUCUGAAGGGACCCAAGAGUUGAAGUUCACCAUCAAGGAGACGGUCUGUCGAGCAGAGGAAGAAGUUUCCUUGGAUAAAUGCGACUUCAAAGAAGACGGGGUGGUCAGAGAUUGCACAGCCACCUAUUUCCUUGGGGAGAAGACACCAGUGGCUUUUCUUGAUUGCAAGGCGGUGGGGGAAACAGAGGAGGAGGAAGAAGAGGUGGAAGAGAAGGAAGAGGGGACGGAGGAGGAGGAGGAGUCAGCCGAGCGUUCGAGAAAACGAAUUAAAAUACGUCGGCCCAUAAGGGUGCCGGGAAAGGUGUGGAUAACAUUCAAGGUCAUCAUCAUCACUAGGAAAUGAUUUGGAAGGACCCAACCUCCGAUGUCCGAUCCGAGAAAAAUCAUUUCCGCAGAAGAAGAUGUCGAUUCUCCGGUUGUCCCGCUUGGAUCAGAUCCAGCCUUUCUAAACGGUGGGGCCAAUCUGAAUUUGAAAUAGAACUUGAACUCAGAACCAAGGCGGAAAGGGGAAUAUUGUGGCAUGCAGAAGAGAUGCGUUAGGGGGAAAGGGGUUGAAUGCAGUGGGAA